ACGAUGGGGCACUAUUCCUCCCACUGACACCAACAAUGGGGCACUAUUCCUCCCACUGACACCAACGAUGGGGCACUGUUCCUCCCACUGACACUAAUGAUGGGGUACUAUUCCUCCGACUGACACCAAUGAUGGGGCACUAUUCCUCCCACACUGACAAUAAUGAUCAGGCACUAUUACUCCCACUGACACCAAUGAUACUUACCUUGCUGACCCUUACUCCAGCCCGGGCUCCCUCCCUCUCCCAUCCACAGCCAGCAUAA